AUGGAGCGCUACACAGUAAUGGGCCAGCUGGGCGACGGCUCCUUUGGCACGGUGAGUAAAGCCCAAAACACAAGCACUGGCGAAAUAGUGGCAGUGAAGAAGAUGAAGCAGCGCUUCCACAGUUGGGAGGAGUGCCUGCAGCUGCGUGAGAUCCAGUCGCUGCGCAAGGUGCAGCACCUCAACCUGGUGAAGCUGAAGGAAGUGGUGCGCGAGAAGACGGAGCUUUUUCUAAUUUUUGAGUACUGCGAAAAGAACAUCUUUCAAAUUCAGCGCCAGCGCGCCGAUCAGAUGAGCGGCACCAUUGCCUUUAGUGAUAAGGAGAUCCGUAGCAUCAUGUGCCAGACGUUGCUAGGCGUGCAGGCGAUUCACAAGGCAGGCUUUAUGCACCGAGAUCUCAAGCCAGAGAACUUGCUCAUCUCGGGCGACGUGGUGAAAGUCGCCGACUUUGGUCUCGCGAAGGAGAUUCGUUCCCGUCCACCGUUCACGGAGUACGUGUCGACACGGUGGUACCGCGCGCCGGAGAUUGUGCUGCAUUCCACUCACUACAACUCCCCUAUAGACAUCUGGGCGUGUGCGGUGAUCUUCGCUGAGCUCUACUUGUGCCGUCCCCUCUUUCCUGGUACUUCAGAGAGCGACCAGCUCUUCAAGAUUUGCUCCGUGCUCGGCUCUCCGGCCCCCAAUGAGUGGGAUGAGGGGUAUCAACUAGCGCGCCGUAUGAACAUGCGCUUUCCAACCGUCGCGCCAACACCGCUGCGCCAGAUCCUUACUACGGCACCGCCGGCGGCCGUGGACCUGAUGGAGCAGAUGCUGCGCUUCAACCCAGCAGAGCGGCUCACCGCGACGCAGUGCCUGCAGCACCCGUAUUUCACUGGCAUUGGUGGCAGUUCUGCGCUGUACGCUGGCAUCGCGACUGGCCAGCCACACAACCCGUUUCAAAUUGCCUCUAGCGGCGUGAGUGCUUCGCAGUCGAUCUCGAACGUGGGCUUGACCAGCAACAGCAGCCCGCCACCGACAACCUCGAAUGUGUCCCUCUUUAAGUACGCUAAUCUCUUCAACCAGGGGAAUCGCAGUCCGCUCUCUGUUAGCAGUACCUCUGCUCCAUUUUCGGGCAGUAGUGCACUCCAAGGCAACCUGAAUAGCAGCAAUAUAGUCCGCUCUGUGCCAGCGCAACGCAAGAUCUCCGUCACCAAUACGGCGGACAGCGACGACGAGUUUAACUUCUGA